CACCUCCCCGGGUCCCGCAAGGGUUAAGGCAGCCGCGGAGAGGAGAGGUUUGGGCUGACGUCGCUCUGGCUGAAGGUGGUUCCCCUCGGAUGAGGAUGGGAGAGCCUGGCGAGCUGAAACCCGAGCUCCCGCUCGGUCGCGGCUUGGGGAGGUCCGUGUAAGAGCCGCCUGCCCGCCGGCCUCCCUCGGUCCCUCCCCGGCAGUCGCUCCGGGCACCACCGCGGAACGAUGAAGCUGGGCUGGUGGCCGCAGCUGGGGCUCACUUUCCUGCAGCUCCUUCUCAUCUCCUCCUUGCCAAGAGAGUACACAGUCAUUAAUGAAGCCUGCCCCGGAGCUGAGUGGAACAUCAUGUGUCGGGAGUGUUGUGAAUACGAUCAGGUUAAAUGUGCCUGCCCUGGAAAGAAAGAAGUGGUGGGUUAUACCAUCCCUUGCUGCAGGAACGAGGAGAAUGAAUGUGACUCCUGCCUGAUUCACCCAGGUUGUACCAUCUUUGAAAACUGCAAGACGUGCCGAAACGGCUCGUGGGGGGGUGCUCUGGACGACUUCUACGUGAAGGGCAUCUACUGUGCAGAGUGCCACGCGGGCUGGUACGGAGGAGACUGCAUGCGAUGUGGCCAGGUUCUACGAGUCCCGAAGGGUCAGAUUUUGUUGGAGAGCUACCCACUGAAUGCUCACUGCGAAUGGACCAUUCACGCCAAACCUGGGUUUGUCAUCCAGCUAAGGGUUGUCAUGUUGAGCCUGGAGUUUGACUACAUGUGCCAGUAUGACUAUGUUGAGGUCCGUGACGGGGACAGCAGCGACAGUCAGAUCAUCAGGCGUUUCUGUGGCAACGAGCGGCCAGCUCCCAUCCGAAGCACGGGCCCCUCGCUCCACGUCCUCUUCCACUCAGAUGGCUCCAAGAACUUUGACGGCUUCCAUGCUAUCUUUGAGGAGAUCACAGCAUGUUCCUCGUCGCCUUGUUUCCAUGAUGGCACUUGCCUUCUUGACAACACCGGAUCUUACAAGUGUGCCUGCCUGGCAGGCUACACCGGGCAGCACUGUGAAAAUCUCCUUGAAGAAAGAAACUGCUCAGACCCUGGGGACCCAGUCAACGGGUACAAGAAAAUUACAGGAGGCCCUGGGCUUAUCAAUGGGCGCUAUGCAAAAAUUGGCACCGUCUUGACCUUCUUUUGUAACAACUCCUAUGUUCUUAGCGGCAAUGAGAUGAGAACUUGCCAGCAGAAUGGAGAGUGGUCGGGGAAACAACCCAUCUGCAUAAAAGCCUGUCGAGAACCAAAAAUCUCAGACCUGGUGAGACGGAGAGUUCUUCCAAUGCAGGUUCAGUCCAGGGAGACGCCAUUACACCAGCUAUACUCAUCAGCCUUCAGCAAGCAGAAGCUGCAGGAUGCCUCUACCAAGAAGCCAGCCCUUCCCUUUGGAGACCUGCCCCCUGGGUACCAAUAUCUGCACACCCAGAUCCAGUAUGAGUGCAUCUCACCCUUCUACCGCCGCCUGGGCAGCAGCCGGAGGACAUGUCUGAGGACUGGGAAGUGGAGUGGGCGUGCCCCGUCCUGCAUCCCUAUCUGUGGGAAAACUGAGAACGUCACUGCUCCGAAGACGCAGAGGACGCGCUGGCCGUGGCAGGCUGCCAUCUACAGGAGGGCCGGUGGGGUGCACGGGAGCAGCCUGCACAAGGACACGUGGUUCCUCGUCUGCAGCGGUGCCCUGGUCAAUGAGCGCACCGUGGUGGUGGCUGCCCACUGCGUCACCGACCUGGGGAGGGUCACCGUGAUCAAGACAGCAGACCUCAAAGUCGUCCUGGGGAAAUUCUACAGGGAUGAUGACCGGGAAGAGAAAAGCAUCCAGAGCUUGCGGAUUUCUGCAAUCAUCCUGCAUCCCAACUACGACCCCAUCCUGCUGGAUGCGGACAUCGCCGUCCUGAAGCUCCUGGACAAGGCUCGCAUCAGCACCCGCGUCCAGCCCAUCUGCCUGGCGGCCCCUCGGGACCUCAGCACCUCCUUCCAGGAGUCCCGCAUCACCGUGGCAGGCUGGAAUGUCCUGGCAGACGUGAGGAGCCCCGGCUUCAAGAAUGACACGCUGCGCUCGGGGGUGGUCAGUGUGGCGGACUCGCUGCUGUGCGAGGAGCAGCACGAGGAGCACGGCAUCCCGGUGAGCGUCACAGACAACAUGUUCUGUGCCGGCUGGGACCGCACUGCCCCCUCUGAUAUCUGCACAGCAGAGACGGGGGGCAUCGCCGCUGUGUUCUUCCCGGGACGGGCGUCCCCUGAGCCCCGCUGGCAUCUGGUGGGGCUGGUCAGCUGGAGCUAUGACAAAACAUGCAGCCACAGCCUCUACACAGCCUUCACCAAAGUGCUGCCUUUCAAAGACUGGAUCGAGAGAAACAUGAAAUGAGCCUCAGGCCUGUCAAGAAGCACUUCCAUGCAUCCUUCCCUACGUGUGUUGCCCGAGGCAUAGUGGACCUGAAAUGUGAUUCUGCCCAUGAAUUUGGCUGUGCCAGGGCUUCUGAUUUCAAAACCAGUGGAGGGCGAGUCGAGCUUACUUUCUGGUAGGCCACUGCCUCCCUGACUGCUGGGACCAUUUGGAAGAUACCAGGGCUGCUUGCAAGAACUCAGUUUCUUCAAAAUAGACUACAUGAAUAGCAAAGAAAUCCUCCCCAUUCAACCGACCCAGUGGCCUUCCCCACCUGCCCUUCAGUGGUGCGAAUGCCAUGGUCAGCUCUGGUCGAGAGAGGGUUGACUGGCUUCAUCAGGUCUUCUCCAAGGCUCCAGCCAGACAGAGUUCCAAAGAGCCGCCUGCAGGACAGUCCCGGACAGCGGAGCCUGGCUGCGGCAUUGGUGUCCGUGCACACUGCCACGUCACGAGGUGGUCCUUUUCCUUCCCAAUCCCCUGUACACACUUUAAUAAAACAAGGGUUGGCUUCUGACCCACGGAA